AUGGCCUUCAAGACUUUUGCGGUCGCGGGAGCCGGGAACAUCGGUGUUUUCCUCGCGGAGGAGCUUUUGAAGCAGAAGGCGGCUGGGAACGCUGAGGAGGUGCUGGUGCUGGGACGUCUGGGGAGCAACAACGGGGCGCUCGCGAAGCUCGCGAAGGACGGGGCGAAGGUCGUGCUCGUCGAUUUUGCGAACACGGCGAAGGUCGCGGCGGCGCUGGAAGGCAUCGACGUCGUGCUUUCUGCGAUCACGUUCAGCGCGAUCGCCGAGGCGCAGGUGCCUCUCGCGGAGGCGGCGAAGCAGGCCGGCGUGAAGCUCUUCCUGCCGUCCGAGUACGGAGAGAAGACGGACACGCUGGAGGGCGGGAUACUGCUCCCGAAGAAGCUGUUUCAGGAUAAGCUGAGGGCGCUGGGGCUGCCGUUCGCGCUCGUCUACAACGGCCCGUUCCCAGAUUUCGUCCUGACGCCGUUCAUCGGGGUGGAUUUCGAACAUGGGAAGGCGGCUGCUGGGGGGGAUGGCAGCAAUCCUGUGUCUUGGACGGCGCGUCGCGACGUCGGGGCAUAUGUGGCAUACGUCCUGACACAUUUACCCGCCGAACGCCUCAAUUGGCGAAUUUUCAGGAUCGAGGGCGAUCGCCAGUCCUUCAAUGAAGUGUUCGCGGCCUACGAGGCUCGGACUGGGAAGAAGCUGCAAAUCACUUACCGAUCCGUCGAGGAGCUGGAGGCGGCUCUUAAAGUGAACCCGUAUGAUUUCGGGACGGUGCUGCAGCUGGGCUGGGCGAGGGGCGAGGGGAUCGUGGGGGAGAAGGGCGAGCUCACGAAUGCGGAGUUUCCGGGCUGGAAGCCCAAGAAGGCUAUCGAUGCCAUUCUUGGGAAUUAGAGACAUCGUCGUCUGUCUGUAUCAGCGUGGUUGUGAACUGUGAUAUUUCAUGU